CUCGGGGUGACGUCAGAGGGAGCCGCCAUCUUGGCAGAGAGCUGUCCAGCUGAGCUGACGGAGCUGCGGUGAGGAAGCCGGGGGAUGAUCCCAGGCCGGCCCGGCAGAUAGCGCUCCCCUCAGCCAGCCCAGCCAGCCUGCAGCACCCCCGCCGUGUCCGCUCACCAUGACAUCCCUCACCCAGCGCAGCUCCGGCCUGGUCCAGCGCCGCUCAGACAGAGACAGGCCGCCCGACGGCGACGGCGAGGACCGAGAGCGGGAGGAGCAGGAGGAGGACGAGAAGGCCGGAGACAAGGAGGCUCGGCUCACCCUGAUGGAGGAGGUGCUGCUACUGGGACUGAAGGACAGGGAGGGUUAUACAUCUUUUUGGAAUGACUGCAUUUCUGCUGGGUUACGUGGCUGUAUGUUAAUUGAACUAGCAUUCAGGGGACGAAUUGCUCUUGAAGCUGGAGGGAUGAGGCGUAAAAGUCUACUGUCAAGAAAGGUCAUUUGUAAAUCUGAAGCUCCUACAGGGGAUGUUAUGCUUGAUGAAGCCUUAAAACAUAUAAAAGAAACCCCUACCCCAGAGACUGUGCAGAGCUGGAUUGAGCUUCUUAGUGGUGAGACAUGGAAUCCGUUGAAACUACACUUCCAGUUACGAAAUGUACGUGAACGUUUAGCUAAAAAUCUUGUUGAAAAGGGUGUCCUGACUACCGAGAAACAAAACUUUCUUUUGUUUGAUAUGACCACGCAUCCCCUCACCAACAACAACAUCAAGCAACGCCUUAUCAAGAAGGUGCAGGAAGCGGUCCUUGAUAAGUGGGUAAAAGAUGCUCACCGCAUGGACAAGCGUUUGUUGGCCCUUAUUUACUUAGCCCACUCUUCUGACGUCAUAGAGAACGCCUUUGCACCACUCUUGGAUGACCAGUAUGAUCUUGCCAUGAAAAGAGUGCGUCAGUUGCUUGAUUUGGACCCCGAAGUGGAGUGUACAAAACCGAAUGCUAACGAAAUCCUGUGGGCCGUAGUAGCCACCUUCACUAAGUAAAGGCAGCGGACUGGAAUGUUCAUUACGUUAAUACGGUUGUUUCUGCUUGACAUUUUCAGUAAUUUGUAUUUUCGUUUAAUUUGAAGACAUUGUCCAUUCGCAGGAUCCUGCUGGUACAAGACAACUUCCUGUUGAAAGAACAAUAUUGCCAUAUUGGCAUUCCACUACUCCUUAAUUUCAUGUACCUAAUAAACCAUUCGUUUUUUUUUUUUUCCCUUCUCUACCGAAAAGGUUUAGAUCUAAUAAAUGUCUGCAAGGCUCAUACACUUGCACAGCUGAAUAAACUUGUCUCAAGUUUAUCCACCAAUACUUUUGCAAGGAUACAAAAGUCACACAAAGGCCUUUGAAUCACCAAAGUUGAAUUGCUCAGUCCCUUUCGCCACACUUACAUUUGUCAGGUGCAUUAUAUAACCAUUUUAACAUGAUUAUAUUUUUAUGCUACUCAGCAAGCUUUUUUUUUUUUUUUUGCUUGAAUCCUUCAUUACUCCCAUGACCACCCCCUUGUAAAUUUAGUGUACACGCUGUCAACAUUUUAAAUCUUUAAACUGUUAGUGUAGAACUCUAGUGGUUUUGAAAGCCAUUUUGAUAUUGGGGAACAUUCCAUUACUAAAUGUAAAUAGUUUCACAUGUAUAGCGAAAUUUUCUCCUUGGUCCCCCAAUUUUUUUCUUUCAAGAAAAUACCCUCCUAACAUCAUGUCCUACUAAGAUCUAAAACAUUUCAUACCUUAUUUGCACGCUUCCAAUCUAAAAAUGUACUGUGAAUCACACCAUUGAUGGGCUACGCAUGAGCUAGUGGUUCCAUCGUUUCUGUUCUGUGGAUGAGGAGCUUUUGUGAUCAGUACAAAAUAUUGGGUGCAGGUUUUAAUUUUCAGUGUACUUGUAAUUUAAUGUUUCUGUAAAUCUGUCCCCUGUCUGUAUAAGCCUAAACCCCAUCCAAUUGUCUCCUUAAAAUGUUGCAUGCUCAUGUUUACAGAUGACUAGCUCGAACAACUAAACACUAUCUGUAACAGGACAAAACUAUUUUGAUUUUAUAUAUAUAUAUAUUUUUUGUUAUAAGAUUAUACAGGAUAGCACAUUAUUGGACACAUUUCAUGUUGAUGUUUACGUUUGUUACCCGACAUAAUUUGUGAGCCUGUCAUAAUUUUUCUGUUGCUUUCACUCUGUAAAUAAAAUACAGUGAAUAUAAAUCACCCCCUUUUUAGUGCUGGAGGGAUGUGAUCAGGUUGGCGCCAUUCUGCAGCGCCGCAGCACAGGAAGGGAUAAUGUGGGAUUUCGAGACGAUGAAUGAAAUAAUUUUUGUUAGUAUACUGAAAAAAUGGUAACUAUUGUUGCAUUUAUCAGAUUCCCUCUUAUCUGUAUACUAGCUUUUUAUUAUCUGGUAAAUAAACUAUGAUCUUUAAAGUGCCUGAAAUAGGUGAA